AUGGGCAAAUUAAACGUGACAGUGCUACGUUACCUCACGAAGGAGGACUUCCGCGUCCUUACCGCCAUCGAGAUGGGCAUGAAGAACCAUGAACUGGUGCCGGGACCACUGGCCGCUGCUAUUGCCAAUCUAAAGACAGGUGGCGUCCACAAGCUGCUCAAAGAGCUGUGCAAGCACAAGUUAUUGUCCUACGAGCGGGGCAAGAAAUAUGAUGGCUAUCGCUUGACCAACACGGGGUAUGACUACCUGGCUUUAAAGUCUCUUACCUUGCGCGGAUCGGUGAGCUCCUUUGGCAACCAGAUUGGCAUUGGCAAGGAGUCCAACAUCUAUGUGGUGGCCGAUGAGGAGGGCACAGCCAUUUGCCUGAAACUCCACCGAUUGGGUCGUACUUGCUUUAGGAAUGUUAAGUCCAAGCGCGACUACCACGGCCGGCGGCACAAGGCCUCCUGGCUAUAUCUUUCCCGCAUCUCGGCCACUAGAGAGUUUGCCUACAUGUCGGCUCUUUAUGAUCGAGGGUUUCCAGUGCCUAAACCUAUCGACUUCAACCGCCAUUGCGUGCUGAUGGAGCUUGUCAAGGGCUGGCCCAUGACCCAAGUUCACGAGCUGCUGGAUGCUCCACAGGUUUACGAUGACCUUAUGAAUCUUAUCGUUCGCCUGGGCAACUCUGGUGUCAUCCAUGGUGAUUUUAACGAGUUUAAUUUGAUGGUGACGGACGAGGGCAAGCCUAUACUGAUUGAUUUUCCCCAGAUGAUGUCCACCUCGCACGAGAAUGCUGAAUUCUUCUUUGAACGCGAUGUUACCUGCGUUCGUGAAAUGUUCCGUCGCAAGUUUGGUUACGAAAGUGAAGAUUACCCAAAAUUCAGUGACCUGGUGCGAGAAGAUGAUCUGGAUGCCGAGGUCCAUUGCACAGGCUAUGGCUUCACCAAGGAAAUGGAACAGGAUCUACUGCAGGAAUACGGAAUGGUGGAUCAGGAUGACGGCGAUGAUGAAGAAGAAGGGGACAUUAACGAGCAAGAAGAACCACCUGUUUUGGUUCCAUCAGCAGCUGCGGAGAUCGAUGAGUGCCGCCGCCAAGUCGAAAACGAAGUGGUCUACAGUGAGGCCAAGCCCACACAGAAGUCAGAUGAUGCAGUCCGACGGUAUAUUGAGUCGUGUACUCAAUACCUGGGCAAUCUGACGGUGGGCCCAGAGGUUCCCGAUCAAACGCUGCCCUCAAAACUGGAAGUCGCUCAUCCAAUUAAAACCCCCGAAGUUAUUGCAGCUGAAACUUCAGCACCAGAUCAUCAGCCUGUUGCCACAGACGAUGUCAGGUCCAUCAGCUCGAAUGACCUAGACGCUGAUGAAGUUCCCGAGCUGGUGUCUGGCUUGGAUCCCAACUCGCGAAUGUAUCGCCUUAAAAUGGUCGAACAAAUGCUGAAUGAUGCCAGGAGCCAGCGGUCAUACUCCACCACAACGAGUACAAUAGCACCUUCCGUCAUCACCGACCGUAUCCGUCGUAAUAUGGACAUCAAAGAAAAGAGAGAGCAGCGCAAAAAGUGCGUGGCCAAGGGAGAAGCCAGCGCUGUGCAUCGUCACCGCAAGGAGAACAAGGAUGUGGUGAAGGAAUACGCCGGUUGGGAUUUUUAGAAAUUAUUCCCUGAUAAAUAUUUCAU